CUGGACCACGACACACUGGAGAGAGAAAUCGCUGAGCCGCUCUUCCAUCUGAAGCUUGCCAUGGAGCAGCUGGCGGCCAAUCAGACGUUUCGCUGCAUACUUGCGACUGUGCUGGCCGUCGGUAACUUUCUGAACGGCUGUAAGGCCAAGGGCUUUGAGUUGAGUUACCUGGGCAAACUCUCUCAGGUGAGAGACACACACGGCCGCCAGCCUCUGCUUCAUCACGUUUGUGUGUUACUGCUCCAGCUUUACCCACAAUCCUCUGAUCUCUACUCCGACAUCACUGCGGUCACUAAAGCCAGCAAGUGUGACUACACACAAGUGCAGACGAAUCUCUCGCAGCUCGAAUCGCUUUGCAAAGCAUCCUGGGAUCAACUCCGACUACUUGAGAAGGAUGGGAAGAAGAAGAAAGGUGGAGGAAGGAAAGAGGAAGGUGGAGAAGAGGCGGCGCUCCAUCAGAGGCUCACACAGUUUCUGAAGGACUGUGAGGAGAGACUGAAGGUGCUCCGAGCCGUUCACCGCAGAGUCAUCAACAGAUUCCACUCGUUCCUGCUGUUCUUGGGUUAUUCGCGCAGCAUGGUGAGAGAAACGAGUGCGGAGGUAUUUUGUAAGACUGUCAGUGACUUCGCUCUGGAGUACAGAGCCACUCGCAGUGCUGUGCUUCAACAGAGGGAGAGAGAGAAGGAGAAGAAGAACAGCCAAAACACACCGAAACUCAGACCCAGACUCCAACAGAGCCCAGCUCACGAGAAUCAGGAGCAGGUGAAGCUUGAAGAGGUUUUGAAGACUCCUGAAUCACCGUCGACGUCGUCUUUCCACUUUGACUUCACUCUUCCACGACAACGCAGCAAGACGAGCGACAAGAAAGGUUGUCCCUCCCGAAAGCUGAAGUGGUGAUCUCCAGUCCUUAUCUCAGCAAAGAGUGUAGCUCACAGUUGACUCGUUAGCUUGUUAACUUUGAUUGUGGAAGCAAAACUUGAAA